GCUGGCUGCGCUCCGCGGGGCUGCGCCCGCCCCCGGUACUGCGCGGAGCCCGCUUUGUGCCGGCAGCCGCGGCGAGGACGGCCCGCAAGUCGCACCAAAGCCUACGGUGUCAACUCCUUGAAAAAUUCAUGCAUCCUGAAGUUACGCAGUUCGACUUGUUUUACAUGUGAGUGACACCUAGCUAGUGGUAUGGCCCUGGAUUUCCACUGAUUCAUCAGUUUAUUGGCAAAUACCAUGUCUCAUUUGGCACAGGAACUUCUGUCUGGGCAGGGCAGCCAUGGAAGAGUUAAUAGUUGAGCUGCGCCUGUUUCUUGAACUUCUGGACCAUGAAUAUCUAACUUCGACUGUCAGGGAGAAGAAGGCAGUAAUAACUAACAUUCUCCUGAGGAUACAGUCAUCAAAAGGUUUUGAAAUAAAAGAACAUGUGCAGAAACCAGAAGUUGCCAACAGUUUGCCAGCACCUCCUCAAAUGCCUCUGCCAGAAAUACCUCAGCAGUGGCUGCCACCAGAUAAUGGGCCUCCACCAUUACCAACAUCUUCCCUUCCUGAAGGCUAUUAUGAAGAGGCAGUGCCACUUAGUCCUGGGAAGGCUCCUGAGUACAUCACUUCCAAUUAUGACUCGGAUGCCAUGAGCAGCUCUUACGAAUCCUAUGAUGAAGAGGAAGAGGAUGGAAAGGGGAAGAAAAUGAGACAUCAGUGGCCUUCUGAGGAGGCCUCUAUGGAUCUGGUGAAGGAUGCCAAAAUCUGUGCCUUCCUGCUUAGAAAGAAACGAUUUGGGCAAUGGACCAAACUACUGUGUGUUAUCAAAGAAAACAAACUACUGUGUUACAAAAGUUCCAAGGACCAGCAGCCCCAGAUGGAGCUGCUCCUGAAUGACUGCAGCAUCACGUACAUCCCCAAAGACAGCAAAAAGAAGAAGCACGAGCUGAAAAUCUCGCACCAAGGAGCAGAUGCACUGGUUCUGGCAGUACAGAGCAAAGAGCAGGCGGAACAGUGGCUAAAGGUUAUAAAAGAUGUGUGCAGCAACUGUACAGGCACUGUAGACUCCGAUGGGCCGUUGUCUAGUUCUCCAGUACACAAGACAGAACUGGAAAAGAAGUUGUCAUCUGAGAGGCCAAGUUCAGAUGGGGAGGGUGCUGUGGAAAACGGCAUCACUACAGUGUGCAACGGAAAAGAACAAGUGAAGAGGAAAAAAAGUUCAAAAUCAGAAGCCAAGGGCACUGUGACAAAAGUAACAGGGAAAAAGAUAACGAAGAUCAUAGGUUUAGGAAAGAAAAAGCCAUCAACAGAUGAACAGACCUCAUCAGCUGAAGAAGAUGUUCCAACAUGUGGAUAUCUCAAUGUGCUCUCAAAUAACCGUUGGCGUGAGCGCUGGUGCCGAGUGAAAGAUAAUAAACUCAUUUUCCACAAGGACAGGACAGAUCUGAAGACGCACAUUGUUUCUAUCCCUCUCCGUGGCUGUGAAGUCAUUCCAGGACUGGAUUCAAAGCAUCCCCUGACCUUCCGGCUGCUUCGGAACGGGCAGGAGGUUGCUGUGCUUGAGGCAUCCUCCUCUGAAGACAUGGGCAGAUGGAUAGGGAUGUUGCUGGCAGAAACAGGAUCUUCAACAGACCCUGGAGCUCUGCACUAUGACUACAUCGACGUGGAAAUGACGGCAAGCGUCAUCCAGGCUGCAAAACAGACCUUCUGUUUUAUGAACAGGCGAGUUAUAUCCACAAAUCCAUACCGGGGAAGCACUGCCAAUGGCUACGCAUGUCCGAGUGGAAUGGCACUUCAUUAUGAUGAUGUUCCCUGCAUAAAUGGAUCGUUUAAAGGCAAGAAACCUCCUGCGACUGCUAACGGGAUCACGGGAAAAGUGAGAACAUUAAACAGCCAACCAAAGAAACCUGAGUCAGUGUCCUGUGUGAAGCGCACAGCGUCCAAUGCAGAACAGUACAAAUAUGGCAAAAAUCGUGUGGAGGCAGAUGCAAAGAGGUUACAGAGCAAAGAGGAGGAACUGCUAAAGAAGAAGGAAGCUCUCCGGAAUAGGCUGGCCCAGCUCCGAAAAGAAAGAAAAGAUCUACGUGCUGCCAUUGAAGUCAAUGCUGGCAGGAAGACCCAAGUAAUUCUUGAAGACAAGUUAAAGAAGCUGGAAGAGGAAUGUAAGGCAAAGGAGGCUGAGCGUGUAAACCUGGAGCUAGAACUCACUGAGGUGAAGGAGAGCCUUAAGAAAGCCUUGGCUGGUGGCAUCACACUGGGCUUGGCUAUUGAGCCCAAGUCAGGAACAUCAAGCCCACAGUCUCCAAUUUUCAAGCACCGAACUUUGGAAAACUCUCCAAUCUCCAGUUGUGAUACCAGUGAUACCGAGUGCUCAAUACCUGUGAACAGCGCAGCAGCUCUGAAGCGACCUCCUUCAUCAAAUAAUUCUCCAUGUCGAGGCCAUGUACUUCGAAAAGCAAAGACGGUGCAACCCAAGCUGUGCUCAGCCCAUUCGCAAGGAGCAGCAGCCAAAUCCUGCCAUCAGUUAUGAGUGAGCCCAGGCCUUAUAGAUGUGGCUAAACAAAGGGAGUCACACGAAUGGGAGAUGAAAAAUGGAACAUAAGUAUAGCAAAACCACUCAGUUUCCAUAAAGGCCUUACCUAUUAUGGACCAAGACAUAGGCUGCAAAAGACUCAUCCAAAAAGUGGUAUCAAGUGAUACGCCAAAAGAGGUUUUAUAAUUCUGUUAAGUUAAUGGUAGCUUGGCGCUAAUUUGCCUGUAUUCCCUCUACUGUAUUGCUGUGUAACUAUGUGUGCCCCUUUUUAUUACCUGUAACUCUUUAUUUCCAACUUCAUUGGUAACGAAAAUGAAAACCAAAAAGCAAACCAGCCAUAGUAAGUAAAAAGAGGCAUAUAGUUGCAAUUGAAAGUUUACUUUGCUGAAACAGUAUAGAGCAGCAAUGUUAAUUAUGUUACAUCAGAUGGCCUGAACAGCACUGAAGAUCAGUGUGUUCUUUAGAAUGAUGUGAAAUCAUUUCAGAUACGUGCUCUUGCAGGUAAUGUUGCCUCGGAGAGCUCUGCUUGCCACAGAAGUUGCUGAGCCAAGGCUUGCUCAUUAGCAGUCACACUGCUGUCCAUGUGGCAAAAGAAAACUGAAGAAAUGUGUUCACGGGGUCAUGACGUUCUUGAACUGAGAAGUCAGGAGCUCUUCAUUGCCACUGGCCUCAAUGGCAGUGAGAAACAGUGGAAUGACACAACUCAGCUGUGAAGAGUUCUCUGAUACUUUUUAAGACAGUUGCUUUUGUCAUUGGGAGAUAAAAAGCUGCCAUACUUUGAAAAAAAAUGCUUUUUAGUACGUUCUCUUUAUUCCGAAGCACCAGUCAUUUUCAAAGGUCAUGUUGUCAAGCAAUGAUUUGUUCCUGACUUUUUUAAAUGGCAAACAGGUAUUUUUAGAUAUUGCUUCUUUUCUAUACUUUUUGAAAAAGAAAAAUAAUUGAAAUUAAUCAACACAUAAUGGCAACUCAGAAUAGGUUAUGUGGUCAGUCUUUUUUUUUUUUUAAUAAUAUAGUAUUGUAAAACUUGAGUUAUAGAACACUGCUGUACUUAGUUUCCUUCGUCUUUUCAGACCUCAGCUAUUAUUUUUGAGGAAGAUGAGACUGAAAGGAUGAUAAUUUUAAGGCUCUUUUUAUAAACCUUUUUACAAGGAAUUGGGGAUUUUUCAGACAGGAGUCCAUUUCUGUUUACUAGGAAAUUGUGUCUUGCAUUUUAGUCUGUAAAAUUGUAGAUAUCUGUUCUUCUUUGUCUCUACGUCACUCCUGCAAAGUUAUGUGCAGUAAAAUGCCAGCUGAAGUCCUUCAAAAUCUCAAGAUUGGCUUAAAAAAAUCAGGAGGGAGAAAAAAAUAUAUAAUGAGUUGGGUUCUUUUAAUUUAUUCUCUGUGGUUUUUUUAAGCCUUUGGAGAGCUUUCAAUCACAUUCUCAAGAUUUUUUUCCUCAGCUGUGAGGAUUAGAAAAUUACUUUAAUUAAAAAAAUUAAAAAGUACUCAUAUUUUAAGAUUAUCAGAGAUAUUAGUGCUGGAAUCUUGAUAGUUACUUAAGACUUGCAAGUAAAAUCACAGAAGUUGGCAACACAGUAGUUACCAGUGAUCAAAUCCCGUUAUGGUCCAGUGGUCCCGGACGUUAUGGACACCAAAGGACUUCCUGAAGGAACUGUUAGGAUUGGCAAACCCAGAGCCCAUGCACAGAGCUAUCAGAAAGACCCAGCACUUAGCAGCUCCCCCAAAUCAGGUGUAUGCCAGGUGGUUUGAAAAGCGUGUCCAUAAUGGUGCACACAGAAGUGCUAAAUCCGUUUCCCAAAUGUGCCAGGCAUCACAUUGACCCUUAGCAGAGGAGAAAUGGGGUCCAAGAUUGGAAAAGGCUCUUUGCUUCCUGGGACUGUGCAAUUGUACAAAGUGCCACAGGAAUGCAAAUACUAUAGGGAAGCAAGUGUCAGUGUGGUUUUCAUCGAAAACAGGAUUUUUUUUUAUAUUAUUUUCAGUCAUCUGCUUACUUAUUACUGUAAGUGGAGGGCACAUUCUAUGCUGUAUGACUAUGGACUAAACAUCACCAAGUUCCCAUAAAUAUUAGCAGAAACAAAUUUGAAGCAAAAAUAAGUUCAUUUAGGCUUUUUAUUUCAAAUUAAGUUAUUUAUUUGUAUAUUUCAAUAAAUAUUUAAUUUAUAUCUGUACAUAUUUAUGAUGCAAAUUAGGCUUCUAGUAAACAUUUGCAAGGAUGUAACAGUUGCCAUUAAGAAGUGGUCCCGCAUCAAGUAAUGCAGAGUAAUCAAAAGCCAAAUUCCUUUGAGUCAGUCUUAUUUACCUAAUAUUAGUAUUGUAUCUUCCAUGCCCUUUCGCCCAACCUCCUGCAGAGGCUCCUUAAAGCCACUUCCCCACCCCGUACUGUGUAAUUGCAUGUCUCUAAUGGUAACAUUGCAAUUAGCCUUUAGUGACAUGUCUAUUCUUUGUAAUGGCCAAGGUUUUCAAAGGAGGAAACAAAUAAACAAAAACCCUCUAGAAAUAAUCUCUCAAUGGGCCACAUCCAGUGCUGUGAAAUAUGUUCCAUUUUUUUUAAUAGUACUGUUGCUGUGCAAUUUUUAUAAAAAGCAACAGAGCUUGUAUUUUCAAUGUUUUCAGGAUUUCAGGGUCACCAGGCAAAGUCAGUAAUAGAGCAGUAUGACUUUUUUAAAAUGAAAUUUAUUGUAUUUUAAAACAUUGCAUUUCUGUGUCUUUUGAGAAAAUGUUACACUUGUGCUUCCUCAACAAACUCCUGUUACUAUACCAGGUGCUUUUCUAUUUUUUUUAAUGGGUGAUGCUUUUUUAAAAAAGAGAUCAUAAUCUUAGGGGAUCAAAGUUUGUUUUUUUUUUUUUUUUUUUAAGAGAUGAUUGUGGCAAUUUGAGUUUUGAAAUGGAGAAUACUUAAUUUAGUAUCUUUUUUUUUUUUUUUCAUUUAAGACACUUUCAAACUAAUUGGCCCAGGCUGUAUGUUGUAAGAUAAUGUUCUCAUAUUAAGAAUGUAAUUAUUUGCUUAUUGUAUUUUUUAAAAAACAAAAUCAUAUUUAAAAAUUUCUGUGAAAAAAAAGCAUGAAAGAAACAUAAAAAAGUUUUUGUUUUAUUUUUGUUAUUGGAUAUGUUGGCAGUGCCCAUUACAGUUGACUGUAAAUAUAGUCUUUCUACUGUAUUUCUCAAUGUAUUUAAUAUUUUUGGCACACAUUCAUGGAAACUCUGUAAAAAAAAAAAAAAAAGUCCAAAACAGACCCACCUACAAAUGUGUGUCUUAGUAGCUUCAACUAACUUUAUGCCUUUCUAGUUUAUUCUUCAGGAAGUCUUGCAGAGUGUGAAAAAAGACUGGCACCUGGUAGGUGCGACAGAUACAAGACCAUUAUUAAUAAAGUUACCUGUCAUAAAUAAAAGAAGUAUUUGCA